UCGAGAGUAGCCAAGGUAUUCUCAAAAACACUUCUUCUGAUCAGAGUAGGCAGGAUUUUCUCAAAAAGACUUCUUUUGGUCAAGUUGAUGUUGAGAGUAGUCAAGAUUUUGUGAAAAGGAAUUAUCAUGAUCAAGUUGAGGUCGAGAGUAGGCAAGGUAUUCUUAAAAGGCUUCAAAAAGCUUUAAAAGAUAAAACUUAUAUUUAUUCUGGAUGAUGUUUGGAAUCAAGAUCGUCCCAAAUGGGAUGAUUUUAUCAAUUCUUUGGUUGGUGUUACUUCUACCAAGAGGAAUGCAAUUGUUAUUACCACCAGAAAUAUGGAAGUCGCUUCAACUAUGCAAUCACUUCAUACACAUGAGCUCAAAGGAUUAUCACACGAAAAUUGUUGGUCAAUAAUCAAAGCCAAAACUUUUGGAAAACAUGAUAUUCCAUCAAAGUUUGAGGCCAUAGGGAGGAAGAUUGCAACAAGAUGUCAAGGUUUGCCAUUAGCUGCUAAUGUAGUUGGUGGGGCGCUAUAUAAGAAAUCUGAAGAAGAAUGGCUCUCGAUUGAAGAGAAAUGGCUUUCACAUGAUGAAGGGGAUCGUAUCACAAAUAUAUUGAAGUUGAGCUUUGAAAAUUUGUCUCUAUCGUCACUCAAAAAGUGUUUUGCAUGUUGUUCGCUUUUCCCUAAAGGUCACAGAAUCAAAAGUCAAGAACUGAUUGAGUAUUGGAUGGCAGAAGGAUUUCUUGAAGCUAAUGGAAGCAGUGAGAUGGAGUGCUUAGGCGAAAAAUUUAUGAAAGUUCUUGUGCACAACUCUCUACUACAAGUUGCAGAAAGAGAUGAUUAUGGAAAUGUAAAGAGUUGUGUGAUGCACGAUCUUGUGCAUGAUCUCGCAUGUUCAAUUUCAGGUUCUUCUAAUAAUAAAGAAAGUGGGAGCCGAGUGAGAUACAUGAUUCAUGAUGAAGAAAGUCGAAUUCCAAGAGAAGUGGCAAAAUAUUUGCGGACAUUAUUGUUUGAGGGAGACAUUUACCGUAACAAGUUUGCAGAUUUCGAGCAUCUACAUGUUUUAGUUCUUGCAGAUGAUUGCUGUGAUAAGUUGCCAAUUUCGAUAAGGAAGUUGAUACAUUUAAGGAAACUUGAUAUCUCAUCGACGUGUAUCAAAUACUUGCCGGACUGGAUCGGUGAACUCCAUCAGAUGCAAACAUUAAAUGCAGGCACACGAAGAUUGAGGGAGCUGCCUAGAAAUGUGAAGUACUUGAUUAAUUUAAGGCAUCUUUAUAUCAAUUCAUUAACAAAGUUGCCUGCUGAGAUUGGGUGUUUAACUUCUCUCCAGACGCUAGAGUAUUUUAUUGUUGGCGACAAGAAUGGAUGCAAAAUCGAAGAGCUCGGGAGUUUGAAUGGUCUCAAAGGAAAAUUGGAAAUUUCUAACCUUGAGAGGGUUGAAAACAAGGAAGAGGCUGAGAAAGCAAGUCUAUCUAACAAGUCAAAAAUAUUGGAGUUGCGUUUGACAUGGAACAUGCAUAGAGAAGUUGAAGCUACAAAUGAUGAGAAUGUGUUGGAAGGCCUCCAACCUCACUCUAAUAUGAAGAAGUUGGAUAUUGAAGGAUUCAAGGGAAAAAGAUUUCCAUCCUGGACUCAAAAUAUGGUAACUGAAAAUGUUUGUCAAGGUUGUUGGGUUCCACUUAACAAGUUGAUAGAGAUAAAACUCUCCAACUGCUCAGAAUGUGAAGAAAUCCCAAUGUUUGGGCAAUUGCCAAAUCUCAAGUCUCUCUGGUUAGAAGGAUUGACAAAUUUGAAGUCCAUAAAUUCUUCUUUCUAUGGAUUAGUGAAUGAGGAGACACAUAUUGUUUUUCCAGCUCUAGAAAGACUCGUGUUGGUUGAAAUGCCUAAUCUUGCAGAGUGGGCAGAAGUAGAACCAGGAGGUGCAAGUGAUGUGAAGGUAUUUCCUAACCUCCAACACUUGGAGAUCUCUAAUUGCAACCAAUUGAUGAGUUUUCCUAAUCAUUCGUGGUCACGCCUCAAAAGUUUGAUCAUCGAGGGGAGUGGGAGCAUGCCUUUCACAUGCAUAUUCAAGACAGAAUUAAAGUUGCUAACAGAGCUUUGGAUAGAAGGAAUAGAUGAAGUGGAAUAUCUCCCAAAUUGGUUAUUCUUUAACAAUCCCAAUCUGUUGGAGUUAAGUAUAAGAAUGUGUUCCAAUUUGAGAGAACUACCUGAUGGUCUAGGCACCCUCAAUUCUUUGGAGAAGUUAAUUAUAAGCGAGUGUCCAAAUUUGGAACGAGUAGCAGAUAUUGGUGCACAACAAUCACAAGGAAGCCUCACAUGUCUUAAAAGGUUGGAGAUUUGUGAAUGCAAAGCUUUGCUGUAUAUUCCAUGUGAAAUGGUAGGAUCCUUGCUUGAGGUACUGAAGUUGAAUAAUUUAAGUAGCCUAAAGAAUCUACCCGAUAUAAUUGAUUGUCUGCCGAAAUUGCCUCGUCUAACAUGUUUACGAUUUAUUGGUGUUUCUCGAUUGGUGGCCACUUAUUCAAAUAAUUGGUUAAAAAUAGAUGUUAGUAUGGAGGGAUCUAUGGAGACCGUUGAUGGUUUAUUGCAAGGAUGCUACUCCAACUCAGUUAAGGAAUUACACUUGAAAGGGAGGGAAGGUUGGGGAAAUUUGCCAGAAUCAAUUCAACAUCUCACCUCUAUUGUAUGGUUAAAGAUAGAGAAUUAUGGAAUGGAAGAGUUGCCUGAAUGGUUGGGGAACCUCUCGUCUCUAAGCGUAUUGUGGAUAUAUAAUUGCAAGAAGUUAAGGUGUCUACAUGCACUGCGGGGCCUCACAUCACUUGAACGCAUACAUAUUAAGGGCAGCCCAGAAAUGAGUAUUAAACAACAAAGUGAUGCAGCUGAUUCCCAAUGGCCCAACAUUUCCCAUAUCAACUUCAUUCUGAUUGAUGGACAAAUAGUAGGAAGAAGGAGAACUCUUGUGAGUUUCAUGAAUGGCUGCCUCUAAUUGCUCAACCACACUUAAUGUUUACUGACAUUUCUGCUCAUUUUCUGUUGUAGGAAUGUCAAGAGUUAUCCAUUUCUCCAUUUAGCUGCAUUGCUCUGCUCCCAAAAUGCAGUGUUUUCCGUUAGCUGUUGAGACUGUAAAUUGCAAAUUAACAUGUUGUAUAACACAAAUUGGAUGUUCUAUUGUGUAUUUGUACGUGUUUCAUCAAAUAUUAAUACUGGUAUGUAGGUAGUUUAAUAUAUAAGAUUAUAAGUAAGAUAAGACAGUGUUUUUAUAGCCAAAAGAGCACUAAAUUAUUGAGCAAUGCACAAACAUUUUCUAGUG